AUGAGUUCCUCGUACUAUGUGAACGCGCUCUUUAGCAAAUACACGGCGGGGGCGUCUCUCUUCCAAAAUGCCGAGCCCACGUCCUGCUCCUUCGCGCCCAGCUCGCAGCGCAGCGGCUACGGCGCGGGCGCGGGCGGCUUCGCGGCCGGGGUGCCCGGCGUGUACAACGUGGGCGGCCCCCUGUACCAGGGCCCCUUCGCGGCCGGCUACGGCCUGGGCGCCGACGCCUACGGCAACCUGCCCUGCGCCCCCUUCGACCAGGGCCUCCCGGCGCUCUGCGGCGGCGACCUCGCCAAAGGCGCCUGCGACAAGCCGGACGACGGCGCGGCCGAGGCCAGUCUCCGCAUCUACCCGUGGAUGCGGUCCUCAGGGCCUGACAGGAAGCGGGGCCGCCAGACCUACACGCGCUACCAGACGCUGGAGCUGGAGAAGGAGUUCCACUUCAACCGCUACCUGACCCGCCGCCGCCGCAUCGAGAUCGCCCACGCGCUCUGCCUCACCGAGCGCCAGAUCAAGAUCUGGUUCCAGAACCGCCGCAUGAAGUGGAAGAAGGAGCACAAGGACGAGGGGCCGGCGGCGGCCACGGCCCCCGAGGGGCCCGUGCCCGAGGCAGCAGCCACGGCCGCCGCGGCGGACAAGGCUGAAGAGGAGGAAGAGGAGGAAGAGGAGGAUGAAGAGGAGGAGGAGUGA